AUGAACAUGCCUCCAAGAAGGACUUGCAGUAUGAUGGCUAAUCAGAAAAGCCAGGAAGGCCAGAAUCCUACCAUUGAAGGGAGAAAUCUAACGAAGCCACCCAUCGGCAACCAAGAAUUGGUAGGAGUACGGCCCAAUCGCAAGGCCAAAUUUGAUGUUGUCGCUGAGGAUGCGCCGAUGAACCCAGUGAACACCGUCGUUGGGAACCAAGUGAUUGGUGAUCAAUGCGGUGACGCUAAGGGGGUCGGUGACAGUGAGGCCAACAAUAACCCCCGUCUAGCUAAGUCAAAUAGGUCUGAAAACGAAAACCGGAGAAAUGCAGUUUUGGUAGAAUCUUCGUCUGUAUGUGGUGGGGACCUAAGAGAGCAGCUGAACGCUCGACGCGAUCGAGAGACGCAACAGACCAAAGAGGAAGAGCUCGCGGCCGAGAAUAAGGUUCUGCCUGAGAAGAUGGCCAGACCAGAAAAGCAGAUCGGGACUCGACUAAACAACUUUGAGCAAGUUGUUAGAAAGGUGGCCAAGGCCGUAAAUGUCGACGUCAAGAUAUACACGUCCCACGACCACCCAUUCACAGAGAACAUCAUUCAGGUCCUGCUGCCCGAUAAGUAUAAGCCACCCCUAAUUCCGCUAUAUGAUGGAAUGAGUGAUCCGGACGACCACCUAGAAGUCUACAUGGGGCACAUGGUCCUUCAUGGGUACCCCGAGGACAUCAUGUGUCAGGCGUUCAGAAACCAUCUUUGUGACUCCGCAAGAAGGUACUUCAGAUCCCUGAAACCAAAUUCCAUUACCAACUGGGAUGACUUGAAGAACGACUUUCUGACUCAGUUUAUAGGUGUCAAAAAGUACAUCACACUCAAACAAAACCUUUCGAGGGUUUACCAGGGACCAAAUGAGUCCCUGAAAGAUUGGAUAGCCCGAUUCAGAAAGCAGGUGGUUGCCACUGAGGGUAUCACUGAUGAGGUGGCUUUGAUGGGGGCCCUGUUGAGCAUGAAGAAAGACAUUCCAUACAGCACAGACCUCGACCAGAGGCCGCAAUAG